UCUGUUGUUGACUUAAAUAUGGAAUAUUUAGCAAAGAAAUAAAGGAAACUUAAGUAUGGGGUCUCUUUCUGUAGAGGAAGAAAACUAUGUUCGAAUGAGUUUAUUACUAACAGGAAUUUCUCCACGUGCCGCUAGAACCUUCUUUGAUAGUGAAUUUGCUCCAGCAUGUUUGGAUGCGACAAUAAAGAAAGAGUAUAACAAAUUGCUCGACUUGAAGAAGAAACAUAGAAUCAACCAAUCACAGUGGAACCAUCUGUUUCCAAGAUUUCCUGGUGUUCCAGAUUCUAAAUCUUUUGAUGUGACGUUGAUGACAACAUUACUGAGGAAUUUGAUUCCCUUAAACCCUCCCCUUUGUGGAUUUGACUGUUUACCUACUAUCAUGGAAACCACCCAAGCUGCAGACUUGGCAAGAAUAAAACACUACAGAAUUUUUUUAGCUCAUUUGGAAGAUGGCAAAAUAGACACUUCAGUUUUCAACACAGCCUGGACUGAUAUAACUGGAGCCAUAGAUAGAUUAGGUGGGCAGCAGAUGAAGCAAGAGUGUGAUCAACUGAAAGCUAAACCUUUAGAUCAAACCAAUCAAGAAAUAAUGAUAGACAUCAAACGACUAAUGAAAUCAGUAAGAAAUCUGAAACGCUCACAUAUUGAUAUGAGAAAAUCCCAUGAUCUAUUACAAGAAAACCAUAAAAAAGUUAAGAAAUCUCAUGAAUUGUUACAAGACGACCAUAGAAAAGUGACAAAAGAAAUGGAAAUAAUGAAAACCUCCCAGCAGGAUACAGUACCAUGGAAUACUAGAGCAAGAAAUGAAGAAACACUCAUAAACUGGAAGGAUAAUGAUGAUAAGAUGUUCAUAACGACAAGAGCUGCCAAGCAUAUUCUCAAAUGUAUACAGGAAAACUGUUGUGUAACUAUUACUGCUAGUUCUGGUGUAGGAAAAACAGCAACACUCCGACACGUGGCUUUACAGAUGGUAAAUGAGGAGUAUGAUGUGCUUAUGGUGACAGAUCCAGGUGACAUUGUGAAUUAUAACAAUCCAAAUAAGAAGACUUUGUUUGUUUUUGAUGAUUUGUGUGGAAACUUUUCUGUUGAACAAAGUGAUAUCAAAAGUUGGGACCCAGUCAUGGAGAAUAUAAAAAUUCUUGACAAAAAACAAACAAAAAUACUUGCAGCAUGUCGGUUACAAGUGUAUCGAGACGAAAAGUUUGAAUCGUUAUCAAUUUUUAAAUCAUGUGUAUGUAACCUGUUAUCAGAAAACAUGUGUUUGUCAAAAACUGAAAAACAGUCAAUAGCAGACUUAUAUCUGAAAACUAAAGCCGCAGAAAUUACCGACUAUUGCAAUUUAUAUGAUUGUUUUCCGCUAUUAUGUAAACUGUACCAUGAUAGUCCUAAACUUGAUAUCAAAGAUUUCUUUCAGAAUCCGUUUUCAGUUUAUGAAGCAGAAAUCAUCAAUCUACGUAGGAAAGGACAUCACACUGAAUAUUGUGCUUUGGCUUUAUGCGUCAUGUUUAACAACAAGUUGAGGGAAGAAAUUUUCACAGCAGAGGUUAAUGAAGCAACCAAGAUUAUUAUAGAGAACACAUGUGAGGCAUGUAGAUUAGACAGGGGAACAUCAAGACUUGUAUUACAUGAUGGUCUUGAAUCACUUAAAGACACGUUCAUUAAACAAGAACAAAACAUUUACAAGAUUUUACAUGAUAAAUUAUUUGACUUUUUAGUAUACUGCUUUGGACAGAAAAUAAUUCUUCACUUGAUAAAAAAUGCAGACAGUGGUUUGAUCAAGGAAAGAUUUUUAUUAAAAAGAAAGGAUGACAUUGACCAGUUUAUUACUGUAAUACCUACAAAAUAUCAUCAAAUAUUCAUACAAAGAAUUAUUGAUGACUGGUCAAAGGGGAAAGUACAAGAUGUAUUCAGUAACAUCAAUAUGAAGAUACCUCAAUUCAGACAGAAAUUUCUCUGCCAUUUGAAUACACUAGAUAUAUCUUACCAGAGACAGCUGGCACAUAUCUGUGAUAAACAUAAACCAUUAAAAAAACCUCUUAAUUCGUAUUCCUUUUUAUCAGAUGCUGAAGAUGAUACCUAUGAUACAGCUUUAUUACAGUGUUGUUAUAUAGGAGAUAUUUCCCUGGUUCAGUGGUGUUGUAAUCAGGAUGUUGAUGUAAAAAUAUGUACACAUAGUGAAUUGUCACCUGUAAUGAUAGCUUGUAAACAUGGUCAUACAGAAAUAGCAAAGAUGUUGUUAGACAGAGGAGCAGACUGUAAUAAUUGUGACAUGUGGGGUCAGUCACCUGUAAUGAUAGCUUGUGAACAUGGUCAUACAGAAAUAGUAAAAAUUUUGUUAGAAAGAGGAGUAGACUAUGAUAAAUGUAACUGGGUUGGUCAGUCACCUGUAAUGAAGGCUUGUGAACAUGGUCAUACUGAAAUAGUAAAGGGGUUGUUAGACAGAGGAGUAGACUAUAAUAAAUGUGAUAAAUAUGGUCAUUCACCUGUAAUGAUGGUGUGUGAACAUGGUCAUACAGAAAUAGUACAGAUGUUAUUAGACAAAGGAGUAGACUAUAACAAAUGUGACCUGUUCCGUGAGACACCUGCAUGGAAGGCUUGUGAACAUGGUCAUACAGAAAUACUAAUGAUGUUGUUAGACAGAGGAGUAGACUAUGAUAGAUAUAACUGGGUUGGUCAGUCAUCUGUAAUGAUAGCUUGUAAAGAUGGUCACACUGAAAUAGUGAAGGUGCUGUUAGACAGAGGAGCAGACUAUAAUAAAUGUGACCAGUUUGGUCAGUCACUUUUAGUUCAGGCUUGUGAUCAUGGUCAUACUGAAAUAGUAAAGAUGUUGCUAGACAAAGGAGUAGACUGUAAUAAAUGUGAUAAUGAUAGUCAGUCACCGGUAAUGAAAGCUUGUGAAAAUGGUCAUACAGAAAUAGUAAAGAUGUUGUUACUCAGAGGAACUGAUUGUAAUAAAUGUGACGGGAGGGAUCAGUCACCUGUAAUGAAGGCUUGUCAACAUGGUCAUAUAGAAAUAGUAAAGAUGUUGCUAGACAAAGGAGCAGACUGUAAUGAUUGUGAUAAUGAUGGUCGGUCACCGUUAAUGAAAGCUUGUGAACAUGGUCAUACAGAAAUAGUAAAGGUUAUGCUAGACAAAUGGUCGGACUGUAAUAAAAGUGAUAAUGAUGGUCGGUCACCUGUAAUGAAAGCUUGUGAGGAUGGUCAUAAAGAAAUAGUAAAAAUGAUGUUAGUCAGAGGAGCAGACUGUAAUAAAUUUGAUAAUGAUGGUCGGUCACUUGUAAUGAAGGCUUGUGAACAUGGUCAUACAGAAAUAGUAAAGAUGUUGCUAGACGAAGGAGCAGACUGUAAUAAAUGUGAUAAUGAUGGUCGGUCACCUGUAUCGAAAGCUUGUGAAUAUGAUCAUACAGAAAUCGUAAAGAUGUUGCUAGACAAAGGAGUAGACUGUAAUAAAUGUGAUAAUGAUAGUCAGUCACCGGUAAUGAAAGCUUGUGAAAAUGGUCAUACAGAAAUAGUAAAGAUGUUGUUACUCAGAGGAGCAGAUUGUAAUAAAUGUGACGGGAGGGAUCAGUCACCUGUAAUGAAGGCUUGUCAACAUGGUCAUAUAGAAAUAGUAAAGAUGUUGCUAGACAAAGGAGCAGACUGUAAUGAUUGUGAUAAUGAUGGUCGGUCACCGUUAAUGAAAGCUUGUGAACAUGGUCAUACAGAAAUAGUAAAGGUUAUGCUAGACAAAUGGUCGGACUGUAAUAAAAGUGAUAAUGAUGGUCGGUCACCUGUAAUGAAAGCUUGUGAGGAUGGUCAUAAAGAAAUAGUAAAAAUGAUGUUAGUCAGAGGAGCAGACUGUAAUAAAUGUGAUAAUGAUGGUCGGUCACUUGUAAUGAAGGCUUGUGAACAUGGUCAUACAGAAAUAGUAAAGAUGUUGCUAGACGAAGGAGCAGACUGUAAUAAAUGUGAUAAUGAUGGUCGGUCACCUGUAUCGAAAGCUUGUGAAUAUGAUCAUACAGAAAUCGUAAAGAUGUUGAUAGACAAAGGAGCAGACUGUAAUAAAUGUGACAAAGAUGGUCAGUCACCGGUAAUGAAGAUUUGUGAAGAUGGUCAUACAGAUAUAGUAAAGAUGCUGUUAGACAGAGGAGCAGACUGUAAUAAAUGUGACAGGAGAGUGAGUCACCUGAAAUAAAAUGUUGCUAGACAAAGGAGAAGAUUGUUAUAAAUGUGAUAAGGAUGGUCGGUCACCUGCAAUGAAAGUUUGUAGAGAUGGUCAUACAGAAAUAGUUAAGAUGUUGUUACACAGAGGAGAAGCUUGUAAUAAAUGUGACAAAGAUGAUCGGUCACCUGUAAUGAAAGUUUGGGAGGAUGGUCAAACGGAUAUAGUAAAGAUGCUGAUUGACAGAUGAACAAAUAAGGUUGUUAUUGUUAUGAAUAUUUAUCUAGGCCUAAUUUGUUUUGUGUACAAAGACAAUAAAG